AACUAGUCAGUCAAUCACCAUCACCAUCCUCCAGUAGAACAUUCGCCGCACAUCCAUCAUCCACAUCAUUAUUCUCGGCAAAUGAAGAAAUACGACAGUCUUCAGACUCUCCAUCUAAACUCAAGGGGUUCAAGAUGUUCAAGAAUGCAAAUAAAGAUGCAAUUAUGUCACCUCAUAGACCAGUUAGAAUAUCUACUCCUGAGAAACCAAGGUUCUCAUUUGAUAAAUCCAAGACCACGAAAUUAAGAAAAACUAUCCAGUCUCCAUACACCACCCAUUCUCCAAUCACUUCAACACCGUUAUUGACAGCUGCCGCUGUUGGAGUCGAAACAGCGGAAAUACCGUGUCAGUCUUCCCAAAAUUUUGAAAAUUAUGAUGAUGAUUUAGAUUUUGAUAGUCCGUCAAAAACUAGGAAAUCGUCAGGAUUGUCUAUAAUAUCUAGUAACAGUGCUACAAUUUACCAGGAGCAACCACUUAAGCAUUUACUGUCGCCAAAUCACAUCCUUCCACAACCUAUAGAGAUGCAUACAAUUCAACCUUCGAGCGAGUUAAACCCAAGGUUAUUCGAUGAUAAGGAAAACAGGCUUCCCUCGUAUAAAUUUGUCAAACCAUUACAAGCAGCAUUCAAUUCUUCGGGAUUGAUCAAAAAGAACAAUGUAAAACAUAUACCUGAUCGG